AUGGGAGUUGCCUUAGGUAAACAGGAAAUAGAAGAAGAAAUGUCAACACAAAAUACAUUACAAUUAAUUUCCACCGAUCAAAUAAACGAUGAAUUGAGCAAUGAAUUUUGCAAAAGAACAUAUCUAAAGUGUAAGAAAUGUCAGAAACCGAGAACCGGUAAAGUGAUUAUGACAAAUUGGACCAAGGGACCAAAAUGGUCAUGGGAUGAAGAAAACCAACAAAGAAUUAGAUCUGGACCUAGAAAAGUUGUAUUGAAAAUCCUCAAUGAUUCACAAAAUAUCUCCAAUGAUUAUUUAAAAGAACAAAAUUCAAAUGGAAUUUGA